GAAGUUCCCUCCUUUCUCUCGUUGGUGAGCCUCUCGAGCGAAGUAUGGCCCCUAGCCGGUGUCGCCGGACAGGCUCCCACAAGGCACAUUCCUUGGCGCGCCAAUGGAAGACGAAGCGGCGGCGCCGGGAUCUGGAUCAGAUCCACGAGGACAUGCUGCCUGAGAAAUCGGCCAAGCUGCUGCGCCAAGAGCCGGACCCUGACAUGCCCGGGAGCGCCCAGCACUAUUGCCUGCAUUGCGCGCGAUACUUCGUUGAUUUAAAAAGCAUGAAGGAUCACUUCAGAUCUAAGGUUCACAAAAAGAGACUGAAGCAGCUGAGUGAGGAGCCGUACACCCAGGAGGAAGCAGAGAGAGCGGCUGGAAUGGGGUCCUAUAUACCUCCGAAGAAAGUCGAAGUCCACACACAACCGUUGGAUGAGAUGGAGGAAUCUGGCUGAGAGACGUGGAGCCCAUCUGAAAAUUCUGUAGAUAACUUGAGACAGUGGGGGGGGGGGUGAUUUGGCAUGUGACAUGAGGCUUCAACCACAACUAUUUCAUGGUAGUAGAACUGGGGCAUAAAAUGGCUUCAGUGGACAUAAGCAUCGCUUUUAUUUUUUGUGACGGAACCAGCACUCUUAUCCUGUCCUUUUGGCAGAAGAUGGAGUUCAGCUGGAGGUCUGGGAGCGGAUGAGCAGACCUCCCCACUGUCCUAUUGACCUGCUUAUGUAACUAAUUGCGUCUCUUAUAGCGGCUCAUGUUUGUAAGCCGUGACUGUGGAUUUUUAGCAUUCUGCUCUGAAUGUGACCUUUCUCCAGCUUCCAAAUGAGACCCUUUUAAUAAAUGAGCUGGCAAGCUGCUGGGCUGACCCUGG